AAAUGCUAUAGCUAGUUCCAAUCAUUUCUCACUAGCAGUCAAAGAGCAAAGCUAGCUCAUUACACAAACACAAGCAGGAAAUUAGCUGAGAAAAGAAAAAUCAAGGAAGAUGGUGAACGUUUUAACAAUGUACAUGUCAUUGUUGCGUGCCCUAAUGAAGCUAGUCGGCGUGAAACCUCAAGCAGUAGAGAUUGAGCCAGGGACAGUGAUGCGCUUUUGGGUCCCAAGUGAUCAGACCACGAGCAACACCAAGAACAAACCAGAUAAACCCGCCGUGGUGUUUGUUCAUGGUUUUGAACUAGACGGAAUUCUAACAUGGCAAUUUCAAGUGCUAGCUUUGGCCAAAGAGUACGCAGUUUACGUGCCCGAUUUACUCUUCUUCGGAGAGUCAAUUACGGAUAAAAAAGAGAGAAAAGUGGCUUUCCAAGCUGAGUGCACUGCUAAGGGUCUAACGAAGCUUGGUGUGGAGAAGUGUACUCUGGUUGGGAUGAGCUACGGAGGGGUUGUUUGCUUCAAGAUGGCUGAGAUGUACCCUGACUUGGUUGAGUCAAUGGUGGUCGGCUGCACAGUUAUGGCCAUGACUGAAUCCAUCAGUCGUGCUGGCCUGGAGAGAAUUGGCUUCUCAUCUUGGUCAGAAUACUUGAUGCCUGACACGGUCAAAGGGGUGAAAGAUUUAUUGCUUGUUGCGACCUAUAAGUUGCCAUGGAUGCCAGAUUUUGUUUUCAAAUCCAUCUUGGAGGUCAUGUUUGACAACAGGAAGGAGAGACUUGAACUUCUUCAGGAAUUAGUUGUUAGUGAUAAGGAUUUCAUUGUCCCUCGUUUUUCACAGAAAAUACACCUACUGUGGGGAGGGGAUGACAUAAUUUUCAACAUGGAAGAAGCUCGCAACUUAAAAGAGCAACUAGAAGGCAAAGCAACGUUGCAGUUCAUAGAGAAUGCAGGCCACCUGGUUCAAUCGGAGCGACCUUCUGCCUACAAUAAGCACCUCAAGAAAAUCCUUGCCUCUUUGCACGAAGAUGGAAAGAAAAAAUAAGAGUUGAUGAAAGUACUGUUUUGAUUACUAAAUCAGUAUGAAUCGGGUUUGUUGAUGUGGAAAUAUAAGUGAAGCUUCACAUAUAUAUUCAGUGUAUUAUUUAAACAUUUAAUUAUUUUUAUUUUUAUUUUUAUUUGUUUUAAAUUAA